AGUUUCCCCAGUUUUCUUUUCUUCAUUAUUCCAUUAUUUCGUUCGCUCCUCAUACUUGGCCACACAUUUUUCUUAUUUAUUUAUUUACUUUUGUUCUUUUGUUUUUUGAAAGAUCAAAAAUCGAAAUCGAACGAACGAACACAGCGCGGAUUGAUUCGUUAUUCGUAGAAAUAGAAACAACAAAAAUAAAUAAACCAGAAGCCAUACUGUUGAUAUUUUAGCAGAAGAAAUUUUUGUUUAUUUUCCUUUCAAAAAUAAGUUCAGAGGUUGACGCGAUUGAAUGAAAUUAUCGGAUCGGGGGCUUUAGCAACGCGACAACGACUCGACGACGAAGGCAGCUACGGCGACGACGACGACGACCGCAACAACAAUAAGAAGAGCAACAACAACCACAAUAUCUACGGCAGCAAGGCAAAGGCAAAAGCAAUUCAAUUAAUUAAUAUAUAUUCUAUUUGUAGCCAUAGCUUUAGCCUGUAGCUCUCCCUCGUAUUCGUUUACCUCAUUGUCCACUUUUCCAUUUCCAUUUGCAAGUCGAGCAAUGGUGCGUUCGGUUCGGUUUCAUAUUCUAAUACGGAUUCUGGUUUGGUCUUAGUACCUAGUUUCUAGUGGAAAACAAGUUCAAAAGGAAUAUAGUGUCUUAUAGGCACACAUAGCUUGGAUUAACCUCUAUCUAUCGACUGACGACUCCUCUGUACUUUGUCGCGCAAUUCUUUCCCAACAAAACAAAAAUAAAAUAAAACGUGUGUGUUUUUAGUUUGAUAAGUUUUUAUAUAAUCACAAUAUCUAUAAGUUUCAACAGUGCGUAAGUGGGAAUCUAAAAAUAUAUCCAUCGCCCGCCCCAUCGCGUUCUACAAGUAGUGAAAUAAAAAAAAAAACAAGUCUGUGUUUAGGAAGCUCUUAGGUUACCCCAGUGAUUCAGCUCUUGAAAUGCUGACAAUUCGGUCGCGGUUGAGUGAUUUUCGGUGUUUCCUUCCUCUUUGUUGUGUUUCUUGGAGUGGCAUCCUGUUUGGAAGUCAACUGACAAGCAAAAACAAUGUCCUGCCAACCACCUGUUUGCGGCCGAGUCAGCGCAAUAAAGUCACAAUUUGAAAACCUGAGCGGUAAUGGUUCGACAACAACAACAACAACUUCGCCAUUGUUAUCGUCGACGACGACGUCGUCUUCAUCAUCAAAUAGUCAUAAUAAGAAUCUCUUUCAAAGGAAAUCCACAUCCCUGGAUAUACCAGAGAAGCCAAAGAACUUGAAAUGCAUCACCGUCGUGCCAAAGUCUUGCACAACCACCACUCGAAUUCCCACUCAGCUAUCGCGGGCCACACAAUUCAAACAAGUCAAGUCCGCCUCGCUGGAUUCCGAGGUGCGACUGACUCGACACACCAGUGAUCCGGUCAAGAGGAGCAGCAUUAAGCGUAGUCCGGCAUUUCGAGUUGGUGACAAACACAAUAAGGCUGUCUUUGUCAAGCAGAACUCCCUAGAACCCAAGGAACUGCCCGAGAAGCCCGCCCGCCUCGAAAGUUUCUUGGUAAGAAAAUGUGCCAGUGAUAUCGACCGACUGCAACAGUCUGGUCUAUCUGAUUCUAUACGAGCAGCUCUGCGGCGGCCACUGCCCAGUGGUCCUCCGCCCCAAAAGCCACCACGCGUUGUCAGUUGUGGUAUACCCACUACCAGCACUCCCAAGGAGCGCCAAGUUCACGAGAGACUCUCCCUUUUGGAGUCGCAUUUAGCUUUAAAGAAAAAACUGAAAGAAGCCGAAGCAGAAGAGGAACAGGAGCAGCUAAUACCUGGCAAAAAGCAGAAUAAUUUCUUACAAAAGGCCAAAACCGAACUAGUCCUCCAUACUACGAGGACCUCUUCGUCGAAUCUCUUAGACUGUUUAUCAUGCCACAAGAGUGUUGCCAAUAUUUACGAUUCCGUUACGCCCGAUGAACGCAAACCCCUGACCCAAAAUAAUUCAAACUCGAACUCAAAUUCGAACGUGAUCAAAAGAUUUUCCAACUCCGUAUGGCCAUUAGUGCAGCACCACCAGCAAGAGGAGCCCAUUUACAUGGAACCAUUUGCACAUUUAAAGAAGAAAGUCGUCGAUAAAGAUUCAACUAAUACUUCGGUGGAUAGUAAUCGAUGCACGAAAAUCGAUGAAGUCGAGGAACGUUUACUCAAACCAUGUAGCAAUGGAGAUGUGGAUGGUGUCUCAUCGACAACAACCGAAGACAGCUCUACGAGUGAUGAAUCUGUGCAUAGUGGUGGCAGGCAGUGUGCAUGCCCGGAACAUCAUUGCAAUGGCAGAGAUAGCGAUGUGCAUUAUAUGUGCACAGCUAUCGACGACAGCAUUGAAGAUUCGGAAGGUUCAACUACCGACGGCACGAAUAUAUCCCUUGGAAAAUCCUACGAUGAGAUAACAAUCCUUGUCGAUGCGGCUUUCCAAAAUAAAAUCAAGGCUAAACAAAAAAUGGGAAAUCGCAGUACUGACUCUGAUGGUAAAUCUUCAGUCAGGCUGUCACGAACAUUAACCGAAAAACGAAAGGAUUACGUGCGAAGGAUAUCAGAAAUUCCAGAUAGUUAUUCAUCGAUAUCGAAAUACGGAACCUUGCAUCGAACUUUGAAGGCUCCAGUGCUGAGUUCUUUUAAAUUAGAGGGCGAAGACGACGAUGAUGACCAAUCAAGUGAUUCCAGUAGUGAAGACGAUGACGACGAGCCUUCAAUGAUACCACCAUUACCAACGGCGGCGACUAGUCAACGAAUUCAGCAUUUCAAUAAACUCAUCGAGGAAAAUAAGACACCACCAGGAACAAUGACAACGACGACCAACAAUAAUAACAUAAAAAUGCGUCCCAAACGGUCUACAGACAGUCCUCAAAUUAUAAAACCACCUGGCGAUGAUAUGGUAGAUUCGACAGAAGCUGCAAAAAAAGCCGCUGAAGCAGCAGCUGCCGCAGCUGAGAAAGAAAAAGAGGCAGCCGAGUCACAGAGUCCAAAACUAUUUCAAGUCUGUAUGCUGGUUGGUUACAAUAUGAGCACGAACACAGCGUAUUUGAAAUCGAAAUACCCGCCAAACGAAGCCAUUCCCGAUAAUAUUGAACAGUUGGUCUUCCCUCACAUCGAUCUUGUGCGAACGGGGAAGGAGAAUCAAGAGUACUGUCUGAUUCUGACCGACGACCAAAACUACAAGAUUUACGGCUAUUGUAGGCGUGUUUUGCCGGAGAAUUCAGAUACAUGUCUUCCAUUAUGUUAUUGUAUUAUAAGCGAAUGUAAAGCUCUGGGAUUCUACCAGAAACUAUUGAAGGAAGUCGAGUCCCGACAUGGGCAGACAGAGACUGAAAUGAAUGUGCUAUUCAGCAAUCUACAGAGAGCUGAUAUUCCAGCCGCUGGCAAGUGCUUACACAUAAAGAUUCCACUUUUCUCAAGACCUGUGAUGUUUUACUCGACGAAGCAUAUGAGUUUGGGACCCAAUUCCAAGGGACUAAGGGAGUCGCUAAUGGUGACGCAACAAGAAUCUUUGUCAGAAGGUUCGUCGGCCACACUCUCGCACGAUAGCAGAAGAACUUUAGGUGCAGGCCCAACACAGCCAUUUGAUCCUUUGGUUGGCCGCAGUCUAAUCAGGGAUCCUCGCUAUGAUGAAAUAUUUAUCCAGCGACCGACUGAUUUACGUCUGGAAAAUACAGAAUUAAGUGAGUUGCUUAUUUGCCUUGGUCCCGAGCUGCUAAUUGAUGUCUUUUCGAACCUGCUACUUGAGCGCAAAGUUAUCCUCCAGAGUUGUAAUAUUUCUCUGCUAUCUAAAGCAAUACUGGCCCUGCAGACAAUGCUGUAUCCGUUUCAAUGGCCUUACACGAUUGUGACGAUUGUACCAUCGCAUUUGCUGGAAAUCUGCCAAGCCCCAUUCCCUGUGCUAGCCGGGAUUCUGGAUCCUCUCCCUUUUGAAAUCGAGGACGGUGCUGUUGUGAAUCUUGACACGAAGCGAAUCAUACAGACUUGUGGUGACGAGGGCACCAUAAUUCCGCCAUCAUUGAGAAAAUCUCUCAAAGUCUCCCUAGCCAUGGUCGAACUUAUAGACAAAGAAAAGAAACUCUCCUCAGUGCUGAUUAGUGAGGCAUUCCUUCGUUUUUUCAUUGAAUUAUUCGGUAACUAUCGACUUGCAUACUUUGACAAGGAGCAAUUCAUCCAAUCGCACAAAUCCCAAAACGCAAAACUAUUCCUAGAAUGGUUUGUGGAAACUUCAAUGUUUCGGGGCUAUGUGAAUAAUCGAUAUAAAACGGAACUGGGUGAUGUGGUAUGUGAUACUAGUACAGAGUUUUAUAAUACAUUCGAUGCCAGGUUAAUGGAGAAAAGUGAGAGUAAUGUUAAGACACGGAAUAUGGAAUCGAUUUUGAAGGGCUCGAACAUUUUCAAAAAGAGUAAAAGUAAAAGCUUUAAGAAAAGAUUGAAAGAGUUUUUUGAAUAAGCUAGACUAAUGGAAGUGAUCGGAAAAAAAUUAAGAAAACAAAAUAGUUGGAACUGAUUCUGGGAGGGCGAGUAAUGUUAUGCGCAUUGCGGACUAUGAAGAGUCAUAAGAGUUGAAUAUAAUUCAAAUAUUGCAUUUCUAGAUCUUGCAACGAUUGUCGUGUUUGAUUUGAAGAAAGUGAGCUUGUUUUUUGUUUUUCCAAUAUAAUUGAAAUAUGCCAUUCAUAACACGAAAAAUAUUGGAGUAAAGGCUUGCAAGCGUAUUUAUUUGAAGAAAGAUUAGUUUUUGUUUUAUUAAAUGGAAAUUAAAGUAUUCGAUAGGUAAAGAAAAAGAAAAAUCUUUUAUGUGGAUAAUCUUCAGUAUAACUUUUUUUUAAUAAUAACUUACUAAUCGCCAUUGCGAUUUAUAGUAGCAACAUUGUUUUUUAAAAAUCAUGAAACUAUAAAAUUGUAAUUUAUUGACAUUGCCAUCGUUAAGAUUUCUAGGCUGCAAUGCAACUCCAAGCCAAACAUCUCACUUUCUAUCUAUUUGUUAGCAAAAAAAAACAGAAUCAAAGAGAAAACUCUCCAAAAUAUUUUACUUGUGGAUAUACAAAGGUACCACUGGUCAACCAAAUUUAAUAAUUAAAACAUUUAAUAAAAAAAAACAUGGAACUGAGUGACUGAUUGCGACAUAAAUAUUAUAGAAAAAUCAUAUCACAUUUUGUUGUUGUUAUUCCUCUUCAUUCACUGUGUUACAAUUACCAUCACCAAUUUUUCUUUUGUUUUUUUUGUUAUUUUUCAUAGCAAUAUUUUGUAAAUUGCCUUUAAUAUCACAUUCAAACAAACAAAAAAAAACACAAAUAUAUUAUUUUCUUUAUUUUAUAAGAGAAUAUUUAUGUAAAUAUAUAUUAUAAACAAAUUAUUUGAAAAUAAUUAUAAUUUAAUUAAUUAGAGAAAUGUAACAUUUCUAAUAUUUUGUAUUUUUUUCUUUUGUACGGAAUUAAAAUAAAUAAAAUUUAUAUUAAAAAAAACAAAAAAGUACACACACUUUACAUGGCCUAAAUGUAUUUGAUAAAUAAAAAAUAUAUAUUAAAUUAUUUAUGGAUAAGUGUAUUAAUAAUAAUAAUAAUAUAAUAAAAUAAAAUACAAUAAAUAAUCACACAAUACCACAUGACACUCUGUAUAAAAAUAAAUGUAUUUUCUUUUUUUAAGUUUUAACUAACGUCUUUUUUUUAAGUCUAGUUUUAUAAAUAAAAUAAAAAUUAUGAUUUUUAUUUUUUACAAACAAAAAAAUAAUAGUUACAUGUCUUGUUUAAGUUUUUGUAUAGAGAAGAAUGAUAAAAUAAAAAUGAAAAGUGUAUUAAAUGUAAAGGUAAACGCUAUUGCUGACGAAAGAAAAACUA